UGCGCCAUUUUACUGCGUCCACAGUCAUCCGGCAAGAUGGUCCCUUGCUUUGUUUCUACUGACCGGAGUUAUUUUGGCUUUUAGCCCUAAAAUUGUAGCUUCCAAACCGUCGAACUGAAGCGCAUUGCAUGGGACGGGGUCUCCCGGAGUAAAACCGAACCUCCGCGCUGUCCGUCGGGAAAUGACGACAGGUGAGAGCGGGUAAAACGAGUCUGGCUUCUUCUGAAACAAACCUAGAUCAGAUGGGAGAGAAAGGAGAGGAGCCUGGGAGCUCAUCAGACAGCAUGAAGCCGUCGUCUUCUCGCAGCAAGAGGAAGCCCUCCAACGUAACAAAGCACACAGGACAGGGGGACUCUGACGCCUCGGCUGGCAGCGAAAAUGAAGCGGCCACGUCUGACAGCAACACGGGCAGCGAAUCUAAAGGCACUUUAGUGAUGAAGCCGAGUGGGAACGAAAGCAAAGGCGCCAUGAAGCUCAAAGUGGAUUUCAAACAGAAAAGAACAGGUGAUUCCUUGGAGAAGGUGAGCUGCACAGCCUGCGGGAAGCAGGUGAACCAGUUUCAGCGUAACUCCGUGUACGAGCAUCCCAUGCUUAAAGUACUUAUUUGCAAGUCAUGUUACAAGUACUACACAAGUGACGACAUCAACCGGGACUCUGAUGGGAUGGAUGAGCAAUGCAGAUGGUGCGCCGAGGGUGGGAAGCUCAUCUGCUGCGACUACUGCAACAACGCCUUCUGCAAGAAGUGCAUCCUGCGCAACCUGGGCAGGAAGGAGCUGUCCAACAUCACCGACGAGAACUCCAAGUGGCACUGCUACGUGUGCCGCGCCGCGCCGCUGCAGGACCUGGUCUCCAGCUGCCAGGGCAUCAUGCAGAGGAAGGAGGAGGCCGAGAUGAAGCAGCGCAAAACGGACAAGGCAGAGGCGUGCGAAGGCAGGAAGGAGAAGAAGAAGCCGUCCAAAGAGCAGAAAGGAGUCGCCAACGGCAAAGAGCACGGCGACGGCCUGGGGACCAUGACCUUCUCCUACAAGAACCUGCAGAUACCCAAAGAGCUCAUUAAGAAGACGAAGAAGCUGGUCGAGACCACGUCCAGCUUGAACCACACCUUCAUCCAGUUCAUCCAGCAGGCCACCGACGACCGGACGGACGCCAGCAUCAGGUACCGACACCUCAAAGCCUUCAGGGCGGUGCUGUCGGACCUGAGGAAGGCCCACAAUGCACUGGAGGAGGCGCUGAAGCCCGAGUUCAGGAGCAUGGAGCUGCAGAACGGUACGGAGGGGCAACACGGGCGAAAGGCGGGCAGCGCCGCGGAGAACAACGACAUGGAGUGUUCUGCUGACGCCGGAGGAGACGGGGAGCGGUGUACCCAGGUCAAGUCCGAGUGCGAGUCCGAGGAGAGGAAGGAGGAGCCGCCCAGGGAGCAGGAAUUAGUUUGUAAAUCUGAGGAAACUGAGAAGGAGACAAAUGAGCAGGACGGUAAGGCAGAAACGGCGCAGGAGGUGAAAGAGUCGCCCGAAAAAUACUUUUUAGCUAAAGAGACGCUCCCGGAGCCACACGACGCAGCGGAUUCAGUCGAUGAGGCAGAGACGAUGGAGGAGGAGCAGAAAGAGGAGCAGGACGACAAGCCGGAGGAGGCGGAGACGAAGGACCACCAAGCAGAAACGGAGCUCCCCAAAAAGACGAUUAAAGCCGAGGCCUUUGACAACGAGCCGCUGUCCACCGCUGAAAUGUCCUCGGAUCACGACAUCAUGUCCGUGCCUCCUUCGGUUCCCGAGGAGCUCUUCCAGAUGGUGGAGAGCCUCGCCGACUCCUCCCUGCUCUCGAGGAGCGACUCGGCUAAAGACUCUAACGCAAAGUCCGAAGAACCAGCGGCGGAAGCCCUGUGCCCCCAACCCAAGGUGAAGAACCUGAUCGUCAAGCUGACUCCUGUGCCGGUGGUCAAGAGCAGCGCCUCCAGGUCCAGGAGCAAGGAGAAGGACGGAGACCAGCCCAGCAGGAGCAAGGAGAAGGAGAAGGGCGAGGACAAGAAAGACUCGGAGUCUGGGAGAGCAAAAGGGAGCGAGAGCCCGCCGCCGACCCGCCGCUCCAGCAGGGUGAAGACCACGCCCCUACGGAAGCAGGGAGAAAACAAGGAGAAGGACUCCUCCGAGUCAGAGUCUGAGGGAGACAACAAGGACAAGUCGUCACGGAAACCCGGCGGAGCUAAAAAGGAGGCGAAGCCCUCGGCGAAAAAGACGGAGGACUCUGACUCUGACGAGGUUCCCGCCGCUCUGCUGGAGAAAGCUGCGACGGGAGACAACAGCAGCGAGGAGGAGGAGGCGGCCAAGAAGAGUCUCUUCAAGUCAGACGCCUCCUCCAGGAGCGGCGGGAAGCUGAGCAAAGGGAAGAGGAAGCACGACAGCUCCGACUCAGACAGGGACGCCAAGAACAAGAAGACGUCCAAGAAGAAGAGGCAAGGCAGCUCCGACAACUCCGACUCGGAGUCGGACCUCGAGAAGGAGGAGAAGAAGAAAGCCAAGAGGCGGUCCAGCCGCGUCAAGAAGCAGGAGGACUCCAAGGGGGAGGAGAAAAACUCAGCGGACAGGAAGGCAGCUGAUAGGAAACGCUCCUACGAAAAGAAGAGGAAGGGAAAGAGCCCCAAAGCUGCCUCCAAGCUGCAGUCUUCAUCUGAGGAAGAGGAGGAAGAGGAGGAGGAGGAGGAGGAGGCGGCGGCUGGAGGCGACUCUGGAGAGGACAGCGACCAGCAGAAGAUCAAACCCAUAGUGGAGGACAACGUGGCCGAAGGCACUGGAGUCUUCCAUCAGUCCUCAGGAGAUGAGGUGGAGGCAAAAGAAGACGGCUCUCGGGUUUUUGAAGACGACGACGAUGACGACCCUGAAAACAGAAUUGCAAAGAAGAUGCUUCUCGCACAAAUAAAGUCCAAUUACUCUUCAGGAGCAGAAAGCUCCUCCGACAACGAGGAGGAAGAUGUGAAAAAGAAGUCCUCCCAGAGAGCCAAAAAAAAGAAGGAGGAGGAGGAAGAAGAUGAUGAUGAGGAAGAGGAGGAAGACGACACAGAAGACUCGGAGUCCGACGUUGAGGUGAAGAAGCGCGGCCGACGCCACAAGCUGCUCCGCCACAAGCUCUCCCUGAGCGAGGGCGAAUCCGGAGACUCCAAGGACUCCAGCAAAGAGAGCAAGAAAAAGGGCGCCAAGAAGAAGUCUGCACGCAAAGUCGGCAGCGACGACUCUGAAGACUCGGACUUUGAGAAGUCGGCGUCCGGCUCGGAGUCGGGGAUGAGCGAGGAGAUCAGUGAGUCGGAGGACGACGGCAAGCGGCGAAAGACUAGAUCUUCAAAGAAGAAGGAAGAAAGCAAGCAGAGGAGCUACAAGCAGCAGAAAAAGAAGCGGCGCAGGAUCAAAGUUCAGGACGACUCCUCCAGCAACGAGAAGAGCGGAGAGGAAGACGACGACGACGAUCAGGACGGAGAGGGCCGCAAAGGCCGCAAGAAGAUCCGCAAGAUCCUGAAGGACGACAAACUGAGGACGGAGACGAGGGACGCUCUGAAGGAGGAGGAGGAGAGGAGGAAGCGCAUCGCUGAGAGGGAGGCGCUCAGGGAGAAACUCAGAGAGGUUGUUGUUCUAAACGAAGCCUCCCAGGUGGCCUGCCCCAUCACCACCAAGCUGGUCCUGGACGAGGACGAAGAGACCAAGGAGCCGCUGGUCCAGGUCCACAGGAACCUCGUCACCAAGCUCAAGCCUCACCAGGUCGACGGUGUUCAGUUCAUGUGGGACUGCUGCUGCGAGUCGGUGAAGAAGGUUCAGAAGUCUGCGGGCUCGGGCUGCAUCCUGGCUCAUUGCAUGGGUCUAGGGAAAACACUACAAGUGGUGACAUUCCUCCACACGCUGCUGCUUUGUGAGAAGCUGGACUUCAGCACCGCUCUGGUGGUUUGUCCCCUCAACACGGUUCUCAACUGGCUCAACGAGUUUGAGAAAUGGCAGGUUGGACUGAAGGAUGAGGAGAGCUUGGAGGUAGUAGAGCUAGCCACAGUUAAGAGGCCGCAGGAGCGAGGAUACGCUCUCCAGCAGUGGCAGGAGACGGGUGGCGUCAUGAUCAUGGGCUACGAGAUGUACAGAAAUCUGACGCAGGGCCGAAACAUCAAGAGCAAGAAGCUAAAAGAGACGUUUCAGAAAACCCUUGUGGAUCCAGGUCCAGACUUGGUGAUCUGCGACGAGGGCCACAUCCUGAAGAACGAGGCGUCUGCCGUCUCAAAAGCAAUGAACUCCAUCAGGACGAGGAGGAGGAUCGUGCUGACUGGAACGCCUCUGCAGAACAACCUUAUUGAAUACCACUGCAUGGUAAACUUCAUCAAGGAAAACCUGCUCGGGUCCGUCAAAGAGUUCAGAAACCGCUUCAUUAACCCCAUUCAGAACGGCCAGUGCGCCGACUCCACCCUGCACGACGUCCGGAUCAUGAAGAAGAGGGCCCACAUCCUCUACGAGAUGCUGGCCGGCUGCGUCCAGAGAAAAGACUACUCGGCGCUCACCAAGUUCCUGCCUCCCAAACACGAGUAUGUGCUGUCGGUCAGAAUGACCCCGCUCCAGUGUAAACUCUACAGACAUUACCUGGAGCACUUCACAGGUGUGGGGAACGCGAUGGAAGGAGGCCGGGGCCGAGCAGGGACCAAACUCUUCCAGGACUUCCAGAUGCUCAGCAGAAUCUGGACCCAUCCCUGGUGCCUUCAGCUGGACUACAUCAGCAAAGAAAACAGGGGUUUCUUUGACGAAGACAGCAUGGAGGAGUUUAUCGCUUCGGAGACGGAAGAAUCCUCAAUGAGUAUGACGUCGGAGGACGAGAAGAUAAAAAAAAAAAAGAAGCGAGGGAAGGGGAAGAACGACUCGGAUGACGAGGACAGCGACGAGGUGGAGGUCAUCAAGGAGUGGAACAGCAGCUCUCGCGGCAGAAACGGAGAAGGCAGAAGCCAGCCCGAGCCCGUCGAAGAAACCCGGGCCAACUCCGCCCCGGGGAGUCCCUGCUCCGCUGACUGGUACAAGGAGUUUGUCACCGAGGCAGACGCCGAAGUCCUGGAGCACUCAGGAAAGAUUACGCUGCUCUUCGAGAUCCUGCGCAUGGCUGAGGAAGUAGAGGAUAAAGUGUUGGUGUUCAGUCAGUCUCUCAUCUCUCUUGACUUGAUUGAAGAUUUUCUAGAAUACUCCUGCAGAGCUGAGGAUGAUGAAAAACCUUCUCCUUACAAAGGUGAAGGAAAAUGGUACAGGAACAUCGACUAUUACCGCCUCGACGGCUCCACCAACGCUCCCACCAGGAAGAAGUGGGCCGAGGACUUUAACGACACCAGUAACACAAGGGGUCGUCUGUUUCUAAUAUCAACGCGGGCUGGUUCUCUCGGCAUCAACCUGGUAGGCGCCAACAGGGUCAUCAUCUUUGACGCUUCCUGGAACCCCUCGUUCGACAUCCAGAGUAUCUUCAGGGUGUAUCGCUUCGGCCAGGUCAAACCUGUCUACGUCUACAGGUUCCUCGCCCAGGGCACAAUGGAGGAGAAAAUUUAUGAGCGGCAGGUAACCAAGCAGUCUCUGUCUUACCGAGUUGUGGAUCAGCAGCAGAUCGAGAGACACUUCACGAUGAACGAGCUGGCUGAGCUCUACACGUUUGAGCCGGACAUGCUGGACGAUCCUUCUGAGAAGAAGAGCAAGAGAGCUACGCCGAUGCUACCAAAGGAUCCCAUCCUGGCUGAGAUGCUGCAGAACAACAAGGAUCAGAUCGUGUGCUACCACGAGCACGACUCCCUGCUGGACCACAAGGAGGAGGAGGCCCUCAGCGAGGAGGACCGCAAGGCGGCGUGGGCCGAGUACGAGGCGGAGAAGAAGGGCGUGCCGAGGACCAACUACGGUGCGGCCUACGCUCAGCCAGACAUGGGCACCUCAAACUACUUCUCCUUCAACAUGGCAGCUUUGGCCACCAUGUCCAACCAGCAGCUGGAGGACCUCAUAAACCAGGGACGGCAGAAAGUCAUCGAAGCAACAAACGCUUUGAAAUCCCUAAGCCGGGACUCCGUGGAGGACAUCAUCGCCAGAAUAUGGAAGGACAACCCGGAGCUCACAGAGAGCCAGGUGCAGGGUUUGGCUCUGAGCCACCAAGCCACCGUGGAGAUGGAGCUGAAGCGCAGGGAGAACAUUUACAGAGACGUGCUCACCAGGCAGCAAACGCUGAUGAUGUUCGUGCAGAAGCUGAUCACCAACAGGAAGGUGCAGGAGCAGCAGCUGGCCAUGGCCAACCAGGCCAAUUACCUGAACCAGCUGGCCCUGCAGAACGGCAUGAUGGGAGGCGGGAUGAACCAAAUGAACCAAAUGAACCUGCUCGGGCUUUACCAGCAGCUCCACGGCAUGGGCGGCAAUCAGGGCGGCGGCGGCGGCAAAAACCCAGGCCCCUCACAGGGCAUGUAGGUCAAAUCAGGCCCCCGUUUCAACCUAAAAGUCUAUCGCCCCCUCCCUCCCCCCCGCCCGCCCUGCUGUCUGACUUACGUACUGUGAGGCCACCGAGAGCUGCAACGUCAUCGGGCAGAGACUGCUGUCUGCUGGGGCUUCAGAUCGAGUAGUGUUGUGCUGUGAUUCACUGAGAGACAGUAAAUAUAACGUGUACAUGACUGUGUUAAAGGUUUGUCCAGGAACUGGACAGGAAUAGAAAAAAUGUAUAUAACGCCCUUUUAUGUUAUGAAGUUCUGUAGAAUCAUUUUUUUCCACAUAUUUAACAAACAAUCCUCUCCCCAAAUGCUUAUUUUUAGCAUUGUGUUUGUUUUUUUUCCCCCCCUUCAAAAAAAAAAAGGGUUUCCUUGUUAUUUAAGCUCCGUUUUUAUAUACGGUUAUAAAUGCCUAAAAAACAACAAAAAAAAACAUUGAAAUGGGACCAGAAUCAUUGGUUAGAGAACUUCAGGAUGAACCAAGCUCUGAUUUAUUAGUGAUUCCUCAUCAAUUAUCAAACUAGAGCAGCGGUCGGUGCUGCGAAGUCCAGCUUAUUUCAGGGGGUACAAGAAGCUUAAAUCAAAAUGUCAACAAACAGAGGAAAAAAAAAAAAAA